AUGACGAAUUCGCAAAACUCCGAGUCCAUUGAAGCAAAAGUGGAAACUCUUCGCGACGCGUAUCAUUCGGAUAGCAAUGAAGAACAAGACGCGACUUUUUUACCCCCCACCGAGUCCUUCGAUUCUAUCGACCAAUUGGAAGAUUUAGGGGUUGAUAAAGAUUCGCAUUCAAUUGAUAAACCCUCGAUUGCGGCAACUAUAGUUGAUCAGUCGAUUAUUACUGCGUCCGAAAAAAAAAACAAUGCCGAAUUUUUUUGUGGCAGGGGCUCGAAAACACCUGAUCGAUACAUGAAAAUUAGAAAUUUCAUUCUGAACGCAUGGAUUUCUAAUCAACCUAAAUAUUUAUCCAAGACAAGCGUUAGAUCAGGGCUCAAGGAUUGCGGGGAUGUAAAUGCGAUAGGACGAGUUCACGCAUAUUUGGAAUCGAUAGGUGCCAUCAACGUUGGUGAUGGCUUGCUAAAGAAAAGGCAGCGUGUUGUAAAAAGGAAAGUGUCCGAUAAUGCUGGGCAGAGUGCAAGUUCGAACGGAAAAAAGAAAACAAAGAAGGUGGAAGAUGAGAAUUGGACUCUCAACGGACGCGGGAAAAAGGUUCACAAUGAUGACGUAGAAUGGUAUGAAACCAUGAUUCGAAGCCGUCUCUUUAUUUAUCUGAAUGUAAUAAUAAUCAUAUCCUUGAUGAAUUUUUGGAUUAUUGUUCAAGGGGAAAUUCCAAUGAUCAAGAACUCCCCGGUAACGAUGAUGCGUCAGCCGAUGGUCCAAUACGCCGUAGCAAAAGAACUCGUGUCAAUAAAAAAGGAACGAUUAACUACAAUGAAAUAUCCUUUGGACUCAUAUGAUAUGGUGGGUUCAUACGACCCAUUCCGAUUGGUGCCUCCGCUUAAUUAUACGUCGAGAAACCCCGCACCUUUUCGAGUGUCGGUUUCAGAGAACGUCAUGUUCGUUAUGGACUUUCACGCUCAUCUGGCUCAUACGGAAAUUAUUGGUUUGCUCGGUGGUCACUUUUACCCUGACCGUGAAAGCAUGGAAGUAAUUUACGUGUAUCCUUGCAAAAGUGCAAGCACGGGUUUUCAGUGUGAGAUGGAUCCGGCUUCCGAGGUUGCCGCCAGAGAAGUUUUUGCCGAGAAAGGUCUCGAAUUUGUUGGAUGGUAUCAUUCUCAUCCUACCUUUGAUCCUCAACCUUCCGUUAGAGACAUCGAAAAUCAAACUCAGUAUCAGGAAAUGUGGCGACGUGAGGACGGCUUGGAACCAUUUAUCGGCGUCAUCGUUACACCAUACGAUGUAGAACAUGAGUCUAACAUAUCCAGAUUUCAAUUUUGGAUGAGCGGAACAAACUAUGACUUAUCAGGACAAUUUAGAGCACCUUACUCAUGCCAACAUUCGGUAGCACCAAGUGAAACCUUACCGGAAGAAAUGUUCUCGCAGCUGACCGCAUUAGUAGAAGAGUAUCAUAAUUAUGAUCAGCGCGUAAACAUGACAGAAUCUUAUAGGGCGGAUGAUAAUAUUACGAAGCUUGACAAAAUGAUGGAAUCAUUAUCUUCACAUAUAUCUAUUUCUUCGCCCGCAGCUGAGGCGUUUCUCUUACGAAUUAAGGAACUCAUCAGCGCGAACUUCCUGCCAAAUGUGAAAAAUAAUGAUGCGAGAAGCCGUGAAAACAUGAAUUCCACAGUUGCGGGAGAAAGCGAAUAA